AUGGAUUCAAUUAGUUGUCCAUUACAAUUCUGUAUAAUGAGGGUCCAAGAAGCUGUUCCAGGAAAGCCUCACUUUUCUGUUGAAAGAUUAAUUAUAAGAAUCACCUAUUCAUCUAAUGAAAAUAAUAAACCAGUAGGAAAUCCAGAAGCAUAA